AUGCCGGCCAUCCUGGUCGCCUCCAAAAUGAAGUCGGGACUGCCCAAACCCGUGCACAGCGCCGCGCCCAUCCUGCACGUGCCCCCAGCCCGGGCCGGCCCCCAGCCCUGCUACCUCAAGUUGGGAAGCAAGGUGGAGGUGAGCAAGACUACCUACCCUAGCCAGAUCCCCCUGAAAUCGCAGGGGCUGCAGGAGCCGGCGGGGGAGGGGCUCCCGCUGCGGAAGAGCGGCUCGGUGGAAAACGGGUUCGAUACCCAGAUCUAUACGGACUGGGCCAAUCACUAUUUAGCCAAAUCGGGCCACAAACGUCUCAUCAAGGACCUCCAGCAAGAUGUGACAGACGGCGUCCUCCUGGCUCAGAUUAUCCAGGUUGUGGCAAAUGAAAAGAUUGAAGACAUCAAUGGCUGUCCAAAGAACAGAUCACAAAUGAUUGAAAACAUAGAUGCCUGCUUGAAUUUCCUGGCAGCGAAGGGAAUAAACAUCCAGGGACUGUCUGCAGAAGAAAUCCGGAACGGCAACCUCAAGGCCAUCCUGGGCCUCUUCUUCAGCCUCUCCCGCUACAAGCAGCAACAGCAGCAGCCCCAGAGGCAGCACCUGUCCGCGCCGCCGCCGCCGCCGCCCGCCGGGGCCCAGGCGGCCGCGGCCCCCUCCCAGUGCCAGGCUGGCGCUCCUCAGCAGCAGGUGCCCGCCGCCCCCCAAGCCCCGGGCCAGCCUCUGCAGCCGGUGCCACAUCAGCAGUCAAAAGCACAAGCUGAGAUGCAGUCCAGUGCAUCAUCCAAGGACUCAUCUCAAAGCAAAAUCAUCCGCUUCACUCUGGGUCAGAAAAAGAUUUCUAGGCUUCCGGGUCCUACCGCAAGGAUAUCUGCUGCAGGCAGCGAAGCCAAAACACGUGGAGGGUCAGCAACUGCUAACAACCGACGCAGCCAGAGCUUUAACAACUAUGACAAGUCCAAACCAGUCACUUCCCCACUUCCACCACCACCACCACCAAGCAGCCACGAGAAAGAGCCAUUGGCGAGCCCAGCCUCCGCCCACCCCGGAAUGAGCGAAAAUGCACCUGCUCCUCUGGAGAGCGGCUGCAGCUCCAGCCCCGCUAACAGCAGCACCUCCUCAGCUAUCCCACAGCCCGGCGCAGCCUCCAAGCCCUGGCGCAGUAAGUCCGUCAACGUGAAGCACAGCGCCACGUCGUCUAUGCUCUCGGUCAAGCAGCCCGUGCCCGAGGCCCCCAGGCCCCCAGCUGAAGCCAUGAAGCCAGCCCCCAACAAUCAGAAGUCCAUGCUGGAAAAACUCAAGCUUUUCAACAGCAAAGGGGCUUCCAAGGCAGGCGAGGGCCCGGGGUCGCGGGACACGAGCUGCGAGCGGCUCGAGAUUCUGCCCAGCUUUGAAGAGAGUGAAGAGAUGGAGGCCACCGGUCGCUCGCUGUCCACGGCGGGUCCCGCUUCCAACAGCCCCAAGAUUGCGCUCAAGGGCAUCGCCCAGAGAACUUUUAGCCGGGCGCUGACCAACAAGAAGAGUUCCCCGAAAGCCAAUGAGAAAGAAAAGGAGAAACAACAGCGGGAGAAGGAAAAGGAGAAAAGCAAGGACCUCGCCAAGAGAGCCUCUGUGACGGAAAGGCCGGACCUCAAAGAGGGGCCAAAGGAAGACCCCAGUGGGGCGGUGGUGACCGAGAUGCCAAAAAAGUCCUCCAAGAUCGCCAGCUUCAUCCCCAAAGGGGGAAAGCUCAACAGUGCCAAGAAGGAGGCUACAGCCCCUUCCCACAGUGGAAUACCAAAACCAGGAAUGAAGAGCAUGCCCGGGAAGUCCCCAAGUGCCCCUGCGCCUUCCAAGGAGGUGGAGCGGAGCCGGGGUGGGAAGCCGAGCUCGGGGCUCCCCCAGCAGAAGCCCCAGCUGGACAGCAGACACUCCAGUUCCUCCUCCAGCCUGGCGUCCUCAGAAGGCAAAGGCCCCGGAGGGACCACCCUGAACCACAGCAUCAGCAGCCAGACUGUCAGCGGGUCCGUCGGGACCACCCAGACCACAGGAAGCAAUACCGUCAGUGUCCAGCUACCUCAGCCCCAGCAGCAAUACAACCACCCCAACACAGCCACCGUCGCACCUUUCCUAUACAGGUCCCAGACAGACACCGAAGGGAAUGUUACUGCUGAAUCCAGCUCCGCGGGUGUGAGCAUGGAGCCCAGCCACUACACCAAGAGUGGACAGCCUGCUCUGGAAGAACUCACUGGGGAAGACCCUGAGGCUCGGCGACUGCGGACUGUGAAGAACAUCGCCGACCUGCGGCAGAAUUUGGAGGAGACCAUGUCUAGUUUACGGGGGACUCAGGUCACACACAGCACAUUGGAAACCACAUUUGACAGCAACGUCACCACGGAGAUAAGCGGGCGCAGUAUCCUCAGCUUGAGCGGCAGACCCACUCCCCUGUCCUGGAGACUCGGCCAGUCCAGCCCUCGGCUUCAAGCAGGAGACGCCCCCUCUAUGGGCAACGGGUACCCACCUCGAGCCAAUGCCAGCCGGUUCAUCAACACCGAGUCGGGCCGCUACGUGUACUCUGCCCCUCUGCGGAGGCAGCUCGCCUCCAGGGGAAACAGUGUGUGCCACGUGGACGUCUCAGACAAGGCAGGAGACGAGAUGGACCUGGAAGGCAUCAGCAUGGAUGCCCCCGGCUACAUGAGUGAUGGGGAUGUUCUGAGCAAGAACAUCCGGACGGAUGACAUCACCAGCGGGUACAUGACCGAUGGUGGACUUGGCCUCUACACUCGUCGCCUGAACCGGCUCCCCGAUGGGAUGGCUGUGGUGCGGGAGACCCUGCAAAGAAAUACCUCCCUGGGCCUUGGCGAUGCUGACAGCUGGGAUGACAGCAGCUCCGUCAGCAGCGGGAUCAGCGACACCAUAGACAACCUCAGCACCGAUGACAUCAACACCAGCUCCUCCAUCAGUUCCUAUGCCAACACACCUGCGUCCUCUCGCAAAAACCUGGAUGUGCAGACCGACGCUGAGAAGCAUUCGCAGGUGGAGAGGGGUUCCCUGUGGUCGGGCGAUGAUGUCAAGAAAUCAGACGGAGGCUCAGACAGCGGCAUAAAGAUGGAGCCUGGGUCUAAGUGGAGACGGAAUCCCUCAGACGUGUCUGACGAGUCUGACAAAAGCACGUCGGGCAAGAAGAAUCCGGUCAUCUCCCAGACGGGCUCGUGGCGGCGAGGCAUGACCGCGCAGGUGGGCAUCACCAUGCCGAGGACGAAGGCGGCUGCCCCAGCAGGCCCGCUCAAGACCCCAGGAACUGGAAAAACAGAUGAUGCAAAGGUGUCUGAGAAAGGAAGACUGUCUCCCAAAGCCUCCCAGGUGAAGCGCUCCCCAUCAGACGCAGGCCGCAGCAGCGGUGACGAGUCCAAAAAGCCCCUCUCCAGCAGUUCCAGGACCCCCACUGCCAAUGCCAACAGUUUUGGGUUCAAGAAGCAGAGCGGCUCGGCCGCUGGGCUGGCCAUGAUCACAGCCAGCGGGGCUACCAUCACCAGCAGGUCAGCCACACUGGGCAAGAUCCCCAAGUCAUCUGCACUCGUCGGUCGGUCCGCUGGCCGGAAGACGAGCAUGGACGGGGCUCAGAACCAGGACGAUGGGUACCUGGCUCUCAGCUCCCGGACCAACUUGCAGUACCGGAGUUUGCCAAGGCCCAGUAAGUCCACCAGCCGCAACGGGGCCGGGAACAGGUCUAGCACCAGCAGCAUCGAUUCCAACAUCAGCAGUAAGUCCGCGGGCCUGCCGGUGCCCAAGCUGAGGGAGCCUUCCAAAACGGCCCUGGGCAGCUCUCUGCCUGGUCUGGUCAACCAGACGGAUAAGGAGAAAGGCAUCUCGUCUGACAACGAGAGUGUGGCUUCCUGUAACUCGGUGAAGGUGAAUCCGGUGGCCCAGCCUGUGUCCGGUGCGGCUCAGGCGACGCUCCAGCCAGGCGCCAAGUACCCCGACGUGGCCUCUCCCACGCUACGCAGACUCUUUGGUGGGAAGCCUACCAAGCAAGUGCCCAUUGCCACAGCAGAAACCAUGAAAAACUCAGUGGUGAUCUCCAAUCCUCAUGCCACCUCGACCCAGCAAGGUAACUUAGAGUCCCCCUCAGGCAGCGGCGUCCUGAGCAGUGGGAGCAGCAGUCCUCUCUACAGUAAGAAUCUGGAUAUCAACCAGUCUCCUCUAGCCUCCAGCCCCAGCUCAGCCCACUCGGGCCCUUCCAACAGCCUCACCUGGGGCACCAACCCCAGCAGCUCGUCCGCGGUCAGCAAGGACGGCCUGGGCUUCCAGUCCGUCAGCAGCCUCCACACCAGCUGCGAGUCCAUUGACAUCUCCCUCAGCAGUGGAGGGGGGCUGAGUCACAAUUCCUCCACGGGCCUCAUCACCUCCUCUAAAGACGACUCCCUGACACCCUUCGUCAGAACCAACAGCGUGAAGACCACGCUGUCGGAAAGCCCUCUCUCUUCCCCUGCUGCUAGCCCUAAGUUCUGCAGAAGUACUCUGCCCAGGAAACAGGACAGUGACCCGCACCUUGAUAGGAACACUUUGCCUAAAAAAGGACUCAGGUAUACUCCCACCUCCCAGCUUCGCACCCAAGAAGACGCAAAAGAAUGGUUACGGUCCCACUCUGCAGGAGGCCUGCAGGACCCCGCUGCCAAUUCCCCUUUUUCCUCUGGCUCCAGUGUAACGUCUCCCUCCGGAACAAGAUUCAACUUUUCCCAGCUUGCGAGUCCCACCACUGUUACCCAGAUGAGCUUGUCCAACCCAACCAUGCUGAGGACCCACAGCCUCUCCAAUGCCGAUGGGCAGUAUGACCCAUACACCGACAGCCGAUUCCGGAAUAGCUCCAUGUCCCUGGAUGAGAAGAGCAGAACCAUGAGCCGCUCGGGCUCCUUCCGGGAUGGAUUUGAAGAAGAAUAUUGGGAGAAAGUAGCUGUGGGCAUCGUUGCCAGCCCUCUUCCUAAUUUGGUUCAUCUCUCUUUCCCUUUGUUCCUUCACUCAGGUCAAGAACUGGUUCACGGAUCCUCGCUCUCCUUGGUUUCCAGCACGUCAUCGAUUUAUUCUACACCAGAAGAAAAGUGCCAGUCAGAGAUUCGCAAACUGCGGCGGGAGCUGGAUGCCUCCCAGGAAAAGGUUUCAGCUUUGACCACGCAGCUGACCGCAAACGCUCACCUGGUGGCAGCCUUUGAACAGAGUCUUGGAAACAUGACAAUCAGGCUCCAGAGUUUGACCAUGACAGCUGAGCAAAAGGAUUCAGAACUGAAUGAGUUAAGAAAAACCAUCGAGCUGCUGAAGAAACAGAACGCAGCCGCCCAGGCUGCCAUUAAUGGGGUCAUUAACACACCGGAGCUCAACUGCAAAGGAAGCGGUACCUCGCAGUCUACAGACCUCCGCAUCCGCAGACAGCACUCCUCUGAUAGUGUCUCCAGCAUCAACAGCACUACCAGCCACUCCAGCGUUGGCAGCAACAUGGAGAGUGAUGCCAGGAAGAAGAAGAGAAAGAAUUGGGUCAAUGAGUUACGCAGCUCCUUCAAGCAAGCCUUCGGGAAGAAGAAGUCCCCCAAGUCUGCGUCCUCUCAUUCAGACAUCGAGGAGAUGACCGAUUCUUCAUUGCCUUCCUCACCAAAGCUACCACACAACGGUUCCACAGGUUCCACGCCACUGUUGAGGGGCUCUCACUCCAACUCCCUCAUUUCAGAGUGCAUUGAUAGUGAAGCCGAGACGGUCAUGCAGCUCCGAAAUGAGCUGCGAGACAAGGAGAUGAAGCUGACAGACAUCCGCCUAGAAGCCCUCAGCUCCGCACACCAGCUUGACCAGCUCCGGGAGGCCAUGAACAGGAUGCAGAGUGAAAUAGAGAAGCUGAAAGCUGAGAAUGACCGGCUGAAGUCCGAGUCUCAAGGCAGUGGCUGCAGCCGGGCGCCCUCCCAGGUGUCCCUCUCGGCCUCCCCUAGGCAGUCCAUGGGCCUCUCCCAGCACAGCCUGAACCUCACGGAGUCAACCAGCCUGGACAUGUUGCUGGAUGACACUGGUGAAUGCUCGGCUCGGAAGGAAGGAGGCAGGCAUGUUAAGAUAGUUGUCAGCUUUCAGGAGGAAAUGAAGUGGAAGGAGGAUUCCAGACCACACCUCUUUCUUAUUGGCUGCAUUGGAGUUAGUGGCAAGACGAAGUGGGAUGUGCUCGAUGGGGUGGUUAGACGACUGUUCAAAGAAUACAUCAUCCACGUCGACCCCAUGAGUCAGCUGGGGCUGAAUUCAGAUAGUGUUCUGGGCUACAGCAUUGGGGAAAUCAAGCGCAGCAACACCUCCGAGACCCCCGAGCUUCUUCCCUGUGGCUAUCUGGUCGGCGAGAACACGACCAUCUCUGUGACCGUCAAAGGGCUCGCGGAGAACAGCCUGGACUCCCUGGUGUUCGAGUCCCUGAUCCCCAAGCCCAUCCUGCAGCGCUAUGUUUCCCUGCUGGUGGAGCACCGGCGGAUCAUCCUCUCCGGCCCCAGUGGCACCGGGAAAACCUACUUGGCCAACCGGCUGUCCGAGUACUUGGUGCUGCGGGAGGGACGGGAGCUGACAGAUGGUGUCAUCGCCACCUUCAACGUGGACCACAAGUCCAGCAAGGAAUUGCGCCAGUACCUGUCCAACCUUGCUGACCAGUGCACCAGCGAGAACAACGCUGUGGACAUGCCCCUCGUCAUCAUCCUCGACAACCUGCAUCACGUCAGCUCCCUGGGCGAGAUCUUCAAUGGGCUGCUCAACUGCAAGGACCAUAAAUGCCCUUACAUAAUCGGCACAAUGAACCAGGCUACCUCAUCUACUCCCAAUCUGCAGCUUCAUCACAACUUCAGGUGGGUGCUUUGUGCCAACCACACGGAGCCCGUGAAGGGCUUUCUCGGCCGGUUCCUGAGGCGGAAGCUCAUGGAAACAGAGAUCAGUGGGCGAGUGCGGAAUGUGGAGCUGGUAAAAAUCAUCGACUGGAUUCCCAAGGUCUGGCAUCACCUCAACCGCUUCCUGGAGGCUCACAGCUCCUCAGACGUCACCAUAGGCCCCCGGCUCUUCCUGUCAUGCCCCAUCGAUGUGGAUGGCUCCAGGGUGUGGUUCACCGACUUGUGGAACUACUCGAUUAUCCCCUAUCUCCUGGAAGCUGUCAGAGAAGGACUCCAGCUCUAUGGAAGGCGGGCCCCCUGGGAGGAUCCCGCCAAGUGGGUGAUGGACACCUACCCCUGGGCAGCCAGCCCACAGCAACACGAGUGGCCUCCCCUGCUGCAGCUCCGGCCUGAGGAUGUCGGCUUCGACGGCUACUCCAUGCCUCGGGAAGGGUCUGCGAGCAAGCAGAUGCCCCCCAGCGAUGCUGAAGGAGACCCACUGAUGAACAUGCUGAUGAGGCUGCAGGAGGCGGCCAACUACUCCAGCCCCCAGAGCUACGAUAGCGACUCCAACAGCAACAGCCAUCACGACGACAUCCUGGACUCGUCCCUAGAGUCGACUCUGUGACAGGGGCCAGCCGUGGAGCCUGCCCGCCUCCCCGCUCCCUGCCCUGCCCCACCCCACCUGCGUGCCCCGCACCUUCCUGAGCCAGCCCCCCGGCCGCGGCGCGAGAGCUGCAGGGAUACCCAGACCCCUCCUCCUCCAGCCUCGACCUGGGUGUGGGCCUCCCAGGCCAGCCGCCUUGGCACCGCUCCCUUCCACAGGGAGACCUGCACUACCUUCUUGUUUAUUUUCAUUAUCGUUUGCCUUGUUGCCGUGACCUCCCUAAGACACUGAAGGUACUUCUCGGGAAACGAUCGUCACCGUUGAAAUGAAAAGGUUCUAAAGAAAACAAACAAACCAAGAACCCGCUUGGAAGCUUCUGAAACCACACAGCAUCCUGCGGCGAGCUACCCAGGGCGGAAGAGACUGGAGCCACGCUGGAAAUGCGGGCAACACAGCUUCCCCUCGGCAUAGAGCCUCGGGCCUGGGUCUUGCCGCCAGCAGCCUGCAUCUGCCUCCACGCCCCCGCGCCUCCCCCGCAGCCGGCCGCCCAGACAGCUGGUGCUAACGGGCCGGGCGCCGCUGGGUCCCACUCGGCUGACUGCGCAGCUACGACGCAGGGACACCGCAGGGAAACGCGAAGCGCGCUCGCUGUUUUGUUCUGCUUCUUAAAUGGUGCUCUCCUUACCCGAGAGGUAUUUUUGCCUGUUCCCGUUCAGCCCCACCUUCCAGACCCGUCAGCCUCCAGUCGAUCCUGAGCGUGAGUGGAACGUGCGCAAGCGGAUGUGGCCACGAUGCAGACGGCCCGUGUCUACGUCCCCCUCCUGUCUCAAUGAAUCAGGUUUUUCUUUCUGCAAACACUGUGGACAGUGAGAAUUGGUCUGUUUUGGAGAACUGGUUACCCCCUUGCAAAUGAGGUUGAGUUUCCCCCCUUUUCUGACUCUUUGAUUUUGAAGAUUUUUUUCUCCCCCCCCACCCCCCCCCCCUUUGGUCAGAAUCAGUCCUUUGGUGAAAGAAAGAACCGCAGGAGUUGAGUUUCGGUUUGGUCCUGCUGAGUUCUGGUUGUUCAGUUGUCCAUCCUCACGGUUUUACACCUCGCCGCGCCCUGCUGGGGGGGGGGGCGGGGCGGGGCGGGUCACGUCCUUUCUAGUGGACCAGGACCCCAUCCUCCACGCACGGGUGAGCGGGGACCUUGCCUUUUCUUCUCGUCCUCGAGGCUUCAGAACGCACAUCAACACCUCAGGCGUGCCAGCCCCAACCUCAGGUGGGGUGCUGAGGUCACCUCGCACAAGACUUGCACUUUCCUCAGAACCAACGUGACACAACUCCACAAGGGGCCGGAGUCCGCUCCCUUUCAGAAGCCCCGGUCCCCGUCCGGACGAGUCUUGCCUGACCUCUUUGGUGCUGACCUUCCCAAAGCGAUGCCUUACUGGUUUUGUACUAACCGUGUUCAUUUACGAGUGUUGUGCCUGCCUGGGGUCCAUUAGUUUUUUUGUUUAUUUUCCCCAUCAGAGCAAACAGGGCUAAAAAGUCAUCUACUCAUUAGGAGGACUCAAGUUGCUGUGACUUUUCUCAUCCAAAAGACUCAUUUGUGUGGAUGCGUGACCAUGGGUAAAAGGAAAAAGGAAAAAAAAAAAGAUGCGUUUUUGUUUUUUUUUUUUUUUUUUUUUUUUUUAGGUUCUUAUCAGUCUCCAGCUAACACUCUGCCUGGACAGUGAUCUGUCUGAUGCAGGAAAAGGCAAAAGUUGCUGCAAGUCCGCAAGGCAUUGCUGAUGCAUACCCUGCUAGGAUGUGUCUUCAACAUACUGGUAUUUCCUUUACAGAGAGUGCUAAAACUCUAAGUUGUUUGUUUCUGCUUUAUAAAGAGAAUCUUCAUCGGACCCCAGUGGGGGUGUCUCUGUUAACAAUCAGGGUUUUUAUUCCACCUUUCACAUUUCUAUUUCUGAAGGUCCAUCUCUGUACAUUUUUUUUUUCAUUCACUUACCACGAGAACUUGACCUGAAACUGCUCGCAUGACAUUGGAUGACACCAUUUUCUUCCUCCUUAGAGGAAAAGGAGAAAUGUGUCCCACUAGCUGGUGAAUGGAAAAGCUCUCCGUGCUGUCCUUGCUUUCGUCUCCGUAAACUCAGACUCUCUUGCGCACAGCCUUCAUUAGCCAUCUGGAUGUGUGAGUGUGUCUUGUUCUGUUUUGUUUUUUCAUAAAAAUUUUAAACCAUGAAUUUAGCCUGUGACCACGGUCCACACCCUGAGCCUUCUGGUAAACCUGAAGACUGGUCCUUCUCAAUCUGUUUCCCAACGAUGACCUUACACGCUCAUACUGUGAAUUUGGGAGGAGGUAAAAUGGACUUCUCCUUGGGGACAGUUUUCCCAGUCACCUUGUGAGUAGACACCUGCCAAUAUUGUUUGAAACCCCCCCUUUUGUUUUAAUUGACACCUUUUCUGUCGUCUCCCCUCCUACAGACUUCCCUCCCACUGGGUCCAGGCUCAGAACCAAGACCUCUGUCCCUGGUACUGCCUAACUAGUGACCAGUGAUUUCAAGUAGUGUAGCCCUUGUGUGAUUCACAACUCCGUGUCCUUCCUAAAGUUUCGGGAAGCAGGGUUGUCUGAUGUGCACAUUUCUUAUUUCAGUCAUAUUUUACUUUAGUGUCACUCACCUUUGACAAAGUGACUUUGUACUCAUUUAGGGCUCUGUCCGAAAUGCUUCCAUUUUGCCUUUUUCUACAGUUAGGCUAAUUUUGAAAUGUAUGAAAUUCUAUGCAACAUUUAUGUUGAGUUACCAAUGGAAGCCAAAAGUCUUCUUCCCAAACUGCCAAGAAUUAUACAGGCCAUAAAUGAGAUGG